AUGUUCUACCACACCGGCUUCAAUCCAUUCCAGCCACCUCGCCCACCUCCUCAACCCCCUGCCGAACCCAAGAAACCGGCUGCUCCUGCGGGCCCACCUGCACCAGCGAGGAUGGCCAUCAUGGUCGGUGGGGGAAAGGAAGCCAUCAUCGCCCUUCCACCGAAUUUUGACAAGGCUCAACAGGCGGCCGUUCAGUGUUUCGAGAUUCCGAACACGUUCGUCCCACGGUUGGCUGUGAAGGAUAUCCCGCCUUGGUUGCAGUCGUAUAUGGACAAGGGUCAGGAUACUUUAUACAUCGCGGACGAUGCUUCCUACCAAUAUUGUAUAGCAGGCAGACAGGUCGUACGGUUCGAGAUUAUGGCAUUCGAGAAAUCUCAACCUGCAGCUCCGGCUAAACCAGGUCGGUCUCUUAUCAAUCGUUCCUCCUCGUUCUACAUUGAAUCUGAACGUCUUGUUCAGACCGUACUAACUCCUUCAUCUCUUUUCUCUUGCGCUUCUUCCAUCUCCCACCUGCCGCAUACAGCUCCACCCUCAGGAUCUUCUUGUCCGAUAGACAUCAUUUGCGAGACAACCCAAGGAAAGGCCUUUCAGCUGCUAGCUACCGCGCAGACAGACAAGGAUUUGACAAAGAAUCCGCCGGUGGGGACUUUCACGGGAACGUUGCGUAUUACCAAUAACCCGUUGAAGAUCGAGUUCGUAGGCAAACAAGCCUGAUUAACUCGAGCCGAGGUCACACAGAGGCCAGAGGAUCUUUCCCGCACGGAGGAGGAUCGAGUCAAGAUCACGCCGAAUUUCGCGAACCGAGUUGACGAUUCACGAUGAGACGAAACAAAGAGCAUGUGGGCAGAAUGACGACCGGCCCUGGAA